AUGCUCUCUGAGAAUUUAUCAAGAGCAUUCUCCCAAACGGGGGUAAUAGAUACCGCCAUAUUCCGCAACCCGUUUGUCGACCGAAUGAGCCAAAAGAAUACCCUUAUUGGAUUCCUGGUAACCCGCCCUGCACCCUGUCUUACCAUCUUCUUCUUAGAGCCACAGACUGAAGCUCAUCCAGGUAUUGGCCAUAUCAGAGGGUUUGUGGCCAACUCCCAGGAAUUACUUACUCGCGCAAGGCAAUACUUUGGAGAUACACGCGAGCCCUUUGCAAUAACCAUAGCGAAUCAAUUGUUCUAUAUCAUCACUAACUCUAACGAUGUGUCUUCUGUGUUUCGAAAUUCGACCUCCUUAACCUUUGAAAUAUUUGCUCAGGAGAUCUUGCACGACCUUGGUUGCUCUGAGUCGUCGAUUAAGCAGAUGUACGGUGAUCCGGAUCCGACUGAAGCAGGCAGCCAGAAGCCUCAUACCAAAUCUCCAAGUCGAAUGGCUCGCGAUUUCCACCACCACCAACUCUUCCCUGGAGGUCUUCUGGAUACUAUCAACAUAAAAUUCAUUCAGUAUUUCAAAGGGAGCCUUGAUCUUGAAUAUCUCACUUCGCAGCCAAAAUAUGCCACUCGAAUCGCCUCAGAUGCAGUCCAGGUUUCUUUGUUUGAGAUGUCAUCCGAUCUUUUUACCAACGCUGCACAGGACGUUUACUUCGGCAAACUUCUCCGCAAGAUUGCACCUAACCUGGCAUAUGACCUCCUAGAAUACGAUGAUCUUGCCUGGCAGGUACUGUUCCGCUAUCCGCGAUUCCUGAGCACAAAGAUGGUAUCGGCACGAAAUAGAGUCUUUGAUGGUCUGGAGAAGUAUUUUGCCUCUCCUACCGAUGAGCGACAGGACACCGUUUGGUUCACACCAACUUUAGAGAAGGAAAUGCGCAAUGCGGGCCUCAAUAACAGAGAUAUUGCUAUUAUGAUGAUGACCAUUUAUUGGGGACUAAGUACAAACACCCGAAAGAGUGUUUUCUGGGUUCUUGCGUACAUUAUCUUUGACGCGGAACUUAUAGCGACCAUUCGUCGUGAGGUUUCUGCCGCGUUUGAGGGUGAAAAGAUAGACGUGGAUCACAUUACAGAGAAUUGCCCCCGCUUACGAGGUGUCUGGGACGAGACUCUUCGCACCACUGCAUUUUCAUCUUCAGUUCGCUAUGUAGCGGAAGACACUGUUAUUGGCAACAAGAUACUGCGAAAGGGUCAUCGUAUUAUGAUGCCUUACAGGCAGCUCCACUUAGAUGAAUCCAUAUUUGGGGAGCGCGUGGCGGAGUUCGAUAGUGAGCGAUUCGUCAAGGAUACCCAACUACGCAGAUAUAAUAUGGGGUUUGGAGGGGGCGCAACACAAUGCCCAGGCCGUCACCUUGCGAGACAGGUGGUCAUGGUAUUUGCCGCAAUGCUGGUUUAUCAAUUCGAUGUAGCUCUUGAUCCACCCGACCAGGAAUUUCCCAAGGCCGAGGAGAAGAUUCCCGUGCUUGGAAUAAUUGGUAUCAAGACCGACCUCAGUCUCAGCUUGACCAAAAGAGACUCUUCUAAAGUAUAA